CGACCUUCCUUUUAAAACUAAACAAUAACAAUGUCUUCUGAAGAUGAAAAAAAGCUGAAAAAAGAAGAAGAAGAUGAUGAUGAAAAUGAUGAUAAGCCCAUCACUUCUCUUCAAAACAAGAACAAAAAAUCACUUUCCUUAAAAGAUGCAAAGCAAAAGAAAGAAGCUUCAUCUUCAUCCUCUAAAAUCAAGAAAGAAGAACAAGAUUCCGGUGAAGAUUUUACACCCAAGAAAAAAACACCUACUAAUGUUAAGCCCAAAAAAGAAGCAGCCACUGCAAGUGCUGAAAAGAAGAAGGUACCCAACAGUGAGGUCAAGAAGGAAAAAACUGGGACUUCUGACAAGAAAAAAGGGGGGAAAAUAAGUGAGCAAAAUGGAAAGAAACAAGAAGAAAAGAAAAGAGGUGGAAAGGUGGAAGAUUCAACUGUUAAGAAGGAGACGAAGCAAAAGAAGGUGUACGAUUUACCUGGUCAAAAACGUGACCCUCCGGAAGAGAGAGACCCGCUAAGGAUUUUCUAUGAAUCCUUGUACAAGCAGAUACCAAAUAGUGAAAUGGCUGCAAUUUGGAUGAUGGAAUCAGGCUUGCUUGCAAAAGAUGUUGCUAAGAAAAUAUUUGAGGCAAAACAUCAAAAGGCUCAACAACAAAAACUUGGUUCACCCAUGAAAAAAGUAGUUACUGUGAAGAAACAAAGUGCUUCAUCUGUUUCAAUCACGAAAAAGACCAAUGUUUCAACUGAAAAGAAAAAAACCCUACCAACUAAAGCUCCAUCUGCACAACCAAAGAAAAGAAAGAUUGUGGAUGAAUCAAGUGAUGAUGAUGAUGAUUUUGUUUUAAGUCGAAAAAUCAAGAAGCCAAAAGUGGCUUGAUCCCGGAUCAUGGUUAGGUAUUUCUGUUAACUUAGAAUGUAGUUUAGUUUCUAUCUGCUGACGUUCAAAGAUACUGUACUUUCUGAAUAUGAAAUUGUGAUCGUUUCACAUUCAAUGAAUUCGCUUCUUGUCUUUUUA